UCGAUGCUUUUGUGAUGAUGUCAACAUGGGCCCACUGUCACUCUCCACCUACGCCGCCACGUUGUGUCGGUGAAUGUAAUCGGCUGAUGAGUUCGGCUCAAAAAGCAUUACUCGUCUGUAGAUCGAUGAUUUGAAGAUUCAGAAGACGAUCACAAUGGGCUUGUUUUCUCCAGAUCCGUUGUGAGAGAAAUUAGGGUUCUUAGUCCCUCCAGAACUUCCUGGUUGAAGAACUACCUCACGAAAUAGGCUUUUCUGUAUUGGAUUCUCAACUUUUUGAAUCACCAUUAGAUGAGGCUCUUACAGUUGGCUUUUCUAGUUGCGUUAGCAUCUGGGGUAAUGGCGAUUCUCAUCUACAUUACUGGUGUAUCUAGACUGUAUGGUACCCAUAUUUCGGAUGAGGAUUUUGAAGCAUUGAAAUCUCUGCAGAGUGAUUUUCAGAAGUGUGUGGGAGCAAAUGGGUUAGGUUUACAAGCUUUAAGUGGUAAAGAUUAUUGUGAAGUUACAUUACAGUUUUCUAGCGACACAGACGCCAAAUGGCGAGAUCCCAAAACAGGAGAACUGGAAGGCCUGUCAUUCGAUUUUAAUCUUUGUGAAGCUGUGGCUACAUGGGAACAAGUGAGGAAUAGUACUACAGUACUUACUAGGGAGUUCAUUGAUGCUUUACCAAAUGGAUGGGAGGAAUAUGCAUGGCAGAGGAUUAAUAAAGGAAUACUUCUCAACCGCUGUGAAAAUAAGACUCUCUGCAUGGAGAAACUCUCUCUGGCUCUCCCUGAAACACCACCAUAUUUUCCGAGGCAGUUCAGCCAGUGUGCUGUAAUUGGUAAUUCAGGGGAUCUUUUGAAAACAAGGUUUGGAAAGGAGAUAGAUGGUUAUGAUGCUGUUUUCAGAGAAAAUGGCGCUCCAAUCCAGAAUUAUACAGACUAUGUGGGUAAGAAAAGCACAUUUCGGCUUCUUAAUAGAGGGUCUGCCAAAGCACUCGAUAAAGUUGCAGAGUUAUAUGAUACUGGAAAGGAGGUCUUGAUCAUUAAAACAACAAUUCAUGACAUCAUGAACAAAAUGAUUCGGGAAGUUCCAAUACACAAUCCUGUAUAUCUCAUGUUAGGUGCAUCUUUUGGUUCAGCAGCAAAAGGAACUGGGCUCAAGGCUCUUGAAUUUGCUCUCUCCAUUUGUGAUACUGUUGACAUGUAUGGUUUCACCGUUGACCCUGGUUACAAAGAAUGGACUAGAUAUUUCUCAGAGUCUCGGAAAGGUCAUACUCCUUUACAGGGUAGGGCUUACUACCAGAUGAUGGAAUGUUUGGGACUUAUUAAGAUUCAUUCUCCAAUGCGGGCUGAUCCAAACCGUGUAGUAAAGUGGGUACCUGGCCGUGGUACUAUUACUGCUGCAAGAAUUGCAUCAGAGAAAUUGUUAAGGAGGGUCGGAGCAGGGUCUGGCGAUCCACUGAGUGGAUGUUCCAUCAUCAACAAGCAAGUUAAAGGCAAGCUUACAGGGGUUUCAGGGCUUCGAAAGGCUGCUGUUGAGCACCAAAAAUAUGUGAAAGGCACAACCAUGUAUCCAUUGGAGCAUAAUCCUGGACAUGGUUUACUCUGCACGGUGCCAACCAGUUGAAUCUUUGGAAGUGAAUUCAGGGCUCAAAAUAUACAAAUACAUGCAGAUAUGCUUCAAAAAUUUGUUGCUGCCAGUCCAUUGACUCAAUUCUUCAGAAGCAUCGAAAACAUGCCCGGCUAUCUAGGAAAAAAUGUCUACACCUCUGUGAGUUUUUUCACGCCACCAAAUAUAUUUUGAAGUUAGUUUUCCCCAUUAAAGAAGGCACAUGUAGAUUAGGUGAGAAAUGAAGCUUCCCAAUCUUCCGGUGUAAUUUUAUUAUUGAUUCUCGUUGUUGGGAGUUCAACCAUAUUUUAUGAGAUUGAUUUGUAACUUCCAUAUAGAACCUUGAUCUUUCAAUUUUGUCUAUUUGACUGAUCAAACCGAACCGUUGGAUCUUACUUGAUGCUGUAUUUCUAUGUGAGACCUGUGAGAAUGCUGUGUGAAAUACUAAUUUAGCAUUA